GGGAAGAUUUUGAUGCUGAUGAGUUGAAACCGUGUGAUGGUUGCUACAGUCGUAUCUCAUUACAAGAUUGAUCUUACAAAAUUAACAUGCACAUCAUGAAAUAUGUCAAUUGUCAUGAUAUGGAUUGCAUUAGUUAACCAGUUUGUUUCCUUGUUGGCUUUAUAGGAAGAAAUCUGUAUUUCAGACCAGAUGGAUCUUUUAGUUGAGCAAGUCAAAAUGCUUGCUGGAGAUAUUGCGUUCAGCACCAGUACACUAAAGCGCCUCUUGGAGCAAUCUGUAGAUGAUCCAGGGAGCUUUAAAAAGCAAAUUCAAACUUUGGAGCGUGAAAUUCAAGAGAAAAGAACACAAAUGAAAGUUCUAGAACAACGAAUUGUAGAGAGCGGUGAAACGUCAAUUGCUAAAUCAACAUUCAUUGAGAUGCAACAGGCGUUGACAAAAUUGACGGCCCAGUGUAGUGAACAGGGGUUUGAGCUUGAGAUCAAGUCAGCAGAUAAUCGGGUUCUUCAAGAACAGCUGCAAAUCAAGUGCUUGGAGAACGAGGAGCUGCAAGAAAAAAUUGGUAACAUGGAACACCAGUUAUCUAAUCUCACGAGUGAAAAAUCAUCACUCUUCUCUGAACAGUGUGUGCGUGAUGAACAUACAGAUGAACUGAAAAGGAAACUUCAAAUUCAGGAGAUUGAGAAUGAGAGGUUCAAGCUAGAACAUGUUCAGAUUGUGGAGGAGAACACUAGACUUCGUGUACAGAACCAGACACUGUCAGAGGAGGCUUCAUAUGCAAGGGAAUUAGCGUCAGCUGCUGCUGUUGAACUGAAAAGCAUAGCUGCAGAAGUCACCAAGCUCUCGUUACAGAAGGCAAAAGUAGACAAAGAACUAUCUGCUGCUCGAGAGAAGUUGAUGAACUCUAGUUGGAGUUCUGGUGUGCAGAAUGGUAAUGUUGGAAACCGCAAUAGCAUUGAGAGUAGUACAAGGCAGGGUUGUAGAGGUUUUCCAUCCGGUCGGGCAAAUGAAGUCCUUCAUGAUGACUUUGACACGUGGGACCUAGACCAUGAAGAUUUAAAGAUGGAAUUGCUGGCAAGGAAACAGCGCGAGUCUGCUUUGGAGGUUGCCUUGGCUGAGAAGGAGGCUAAGGAGGAUGAGAGCCGGAAAACUGUUGAAGAGGCAAAGAAAAGGGAAGCUGCUUUGGAAAAUGACUUAGCUAAUAUGUGGGUGUUGGUUGCACAGCUGAAGAAAGACAAUGGAGUGAGACGAGAGUUGAAGACGAAUGAGAAGCAACGUGGCACAGUGGAAACCACGAUGAAUGACAACGAUCCCGUCUGCUCAGAAUUUCAAUCCCUUGAUAAUCCAUCUCCACCUCCUGAAAUUCCAAAAGAGGAGCCACUCGUUGCACGCCUUAAGGCUCGAAUGCGAGAGAUGAAGGAAAAAGAGCGUGGGCUCUCGGGGAACGGGGAUGCAAAUUCACAUGCGUGCAAAGUGUGUUUUGAAUCACCAACUGCCGCUAUGCUUCUUCCUUGCCGUCAUUUUUGCUUGUGCAAGUCUUGCUCCCUUGCCUGUGCCGAGUGUCCGAUUUGCCGGACAAAGAUUGUAGAUAGGAUUUUUGCUUUUACUUAGAAGUUACCACUUCGAGGUGAGGUGGUUGCAAUGGAGAGAUACAGAUAUAAUACGGUUAAUACCAUAUUUACAUGGUUGAAUUUUUAACUGUAAAUUUUCAAGUGAUGUAAAGUAAAGUUCCUCCCCUUUGUUUUCGGAUGCAGUGCGCGCCCUAUAUUGACCAAUUUGCUCAACUCUGUGUAAUGAUUGUAAGUGCUAUCAUAGUGUUCGUGUGUACAUUUGUGUGUAGUAAACAUCAAGUUGAGUA